ACUGUUUUGCCGUGUUCUGUUUUACUACUGCAAAUGGGUUGUUGCUGCUAUGCUGAGCUGGGCUGGUUUGCCUUCUUCUGUUUUUCUACUACAAAUGGGUUGUUGCUGCUAUGUGGAGCUGGGCUGUGUUUUGCUUUGUUCUGUGGCUGUCCCCUUGAUGUUUGCUGCUGCUAUAUUGAGAUGGGCUGCUUUGCUUU